CACAUUUCUUCUCUUGGCAUUAGUGCCACCCUCAUCCUUUGGCCUUUCCUGGGGGGGGGGGGCAUCAGGGCAGUGGUGAUGGAGGUGUGGCAGGGCCCCUUGAGGGCCCCCAAAGGUGAUGCCACAACACGUGGGAGGCGUUGUGGCUUUUGCCAGCCCCCUUGAUGGUGUGAGCCUGAAGGAGGAGGAGGAAAGAAAGAAGGAAGGAAGGAAGGAGAGAAAGGAAAGGAGGAAGGAGAAGGGGGGGGAGAAGAAGAGAGAGGGAUCCCCUGGAGAUCUACUGGGGAUCGGGCUGAAAAGGAAGGGGGAAAAGCUGGAGAAGCAACAAAAGAACAAGAGGGGGGAGAAAAGAAGCCAGUGAAGCCAACCUCCCCCCAUAAGCGCCUCCCCAAAGAAGCCCCUUCUUUCCUUUCUUCCCUCCUUCCUCCCUUCUCCUGCCUUGCUUGCUCAGGAUGGACGAUGGAGCUCAACCCAGCUGGGAGGUGAGUCAGAGUUUGCUAUGCACUGGCGUUCCCUGCUAAAUGCCCAGCUUUUCCGGAUUGUGCCAUGGACUCCAUGUUUGAGGAUGACAUCAGCAUCCUUACCCAAGAUGCCCUCGUUCAGGAUGAUGAAUGGCUGGACAGCCCCAACACGGACCUCUCCAGUGAGAUGUGUUCUGCUUCUCACUUUGCUCUAAUCACAGCCUAUGAUGACAUCAAGAAUCGCCUGACGGGACUGGAGCGGGAAAACGCCAGCCUCAAGAGGAAGCUGAAGAUGUAUGAGAUCAAAUUCCCGUUGAUCAGUGAAUUUGGAGAGGAACGUAUCUUCCCAGCCUAUGACUCCAAAGAAACUUCUCUUUUGAAAAGCGAGAAGGCCAAUCUCCAGCAACAGCUGAAUCAAUUCCAGCGUGAGCUGCAGAAGAGCAAGGAGAGGGAAGAACAGCUGGCUGAGAUGAUCCCAGCCUAUGAAAAGCUAUGUGUGGAGAAGACUGACCUUGAAUCAGAGCUGGGACAGAUGAGAGCAUUGGUUGAGACACAUCUGAAUCGGAUUCGAAGCCUAGAACAGCAGCUGAGGCAGAGAGAUGGCAACUCAUUUCAGAACCUCAACUCUCAGCUUCCAAAUCAGGAAGUUCAGUACCUGUCACUUCAUGGUGGCCACGUAUUGGAUCGUUCCAUGAAUUGGCAGAGCUCCAGAGGCCUGGACCAGGUAGAGGGCUUGGAGGUGCAGCGAUUGGAAGUGGAGCUAGAAGAAUCAAGGCAGGAAGUCCAGAACUCUCAGCACCGAGAAGAACAGCUGAAGGCUGAAUGUGAAAGAUUGCAGGCUGAGGUGAAGCAGUUACAAGAGACACGAGCACAGGAUCUUGCAACCAGUCAGUCAGAGAGAGACAUGGCAUGGGUGAAGAAGGUUGGAGAUGACCAGGUAAACCUGGCUCUUGCCUACACAGAGCUGACAGAGGAGUUGUGCCGUCUAAGAAACCUGAGUUCUCUGCAAAACCAGAUUCUUCGGACACUUAUCCAAGAACAGGCCAUCAGUGGUGGUCAACGGCAUUCUCCUCAUUCCCAGCGGCACUCUCCUAACCAGCAACGCCGUUCUCCAGCUCCUCAGUGCACUCCCCCAGCUCAGCAAGGGAGACCCUCCAUCCCUCAAUGCCAGUCUCCGGCUCUCCAGAGACGAUCUCCAGCACCACCCUGUCAGUCUCCAGCCCAUCAGCGCCGUUCCCCAGCUCCACCUCCUUGCCAGUCACCUGUCUCACAACGUCGUUCUCCAGCUCCACCACCUAACCCGUCUCCUGCCCAGCAGCGCUGCUCACCUUCUCCUAACUGCUCAUCGCCUGCCAUCAAUUCACAACACAGGUCUCCUGGUGGUGAGAGAAGCAUUAUGGAUCUGGGCUACUCCAAGCCCUCGAGCCACCACAUCAAAGCAAGCUUCCAAGGCCGCCGGAGCUACUCGGAGGUGAGCGAUGCUGCUGUGUACCAGCAGAGCCGCUCUCUCUGGCUGCAGCCUGAAGCUUCCACCUUACCAAAGCACCGUCCCUACGGUGAGGUUUACACCAGAGACGCCUUCGAAGAGCACUUGCGCUUUGAGAAGCAGUCCUCGGACGAAGACGACUGGGCCCUCCCAAGUCCCCCCAGCCCUGAAGCAGGAGGUAUCCGCUGCGCUUCUUUCUGUGCAGGGUUCCCCAUCCCCGACACCUCCACGCACCGGACUGAUGCCUCAUACUCCAGGGCUGAACAUGCCCAGUCCUGGCCCUCAAUCAAUUUGCUGAUGGAGACGGUAGACUCUGACAUCCGAAGCUGCCCUCUCUGCCAGGUGGCCUUUCCCAUUGGUUACCCAGAUGAUGCUUUGAUAAAACAUAUUGACUCACACCUGGAGAACAGUAAGAUCUGAAGCCUAGACCACCAUCCUUUGUCUUCUGGCUUCCUUAAUGAGACCUGUCCACCUCACCCCACCCCACUCGUCUUGGAUGCUGCAUGAAAAGUGGUGGCGCAACAGGGGCUCUCUUUAAAAUACCUCCAAGUCUCCGGUAGACUGAAUCAUUAAGAAUUUUGCCUCCCUCUUCUUGUCCUCUUCUCUUUGCCUGGGUUUCUAAAGUGGGUUUUGCCUCUCCCUCCUGCUCUUCCUGAGUAGGACUUGCAAUAUUUCUCCAAUGUUUGAACUAUCUUUGGAGGUAGGGGAGGGGGGUGAUGAGUAUUCUUGGCUGAGCAGAGCAAACAACCCAACAGCUCAGAAGUGAGGUUGCCUUCUGGAGGGAGGGCUCUCUCUACAUGGUUCAGUUUGGGUGUCUCUGGAAGAUCUCAGGGUAGGAUGAGUGGGAAAUCACCCACAGUUGUGUGUUUUGGGGUGGGAUGGGGGAACAGACAAGAAGGACUCCAAUUGACUGAGGGCAUGGCCUGCCACUCAGAUGAUAAGAAAUCAAAAGGUUUCAUUUUGUGCCCAUCUUGUGCAGGAAUAUCCAAGUGGGUCAAAUCUCUCUACCUUUUAAGCACCUAAGAAGGGCAUCUGGGUUGGUCAUUUAUUGGACAUAGAAAGCCUUGGCCUCCAAUCACUGGUUCAAGUGUCUUCGUCUUGGUCUUUUACAUUAAAAGGCCAUUUUAACGAUGCUGCUGAGAAACAGAGCCAACUUCCAGAGGUGUAGCAUGGACAUUCUUAUAUUAUUGCACUGGACAUUGUAACACACAAAGCUUUCCCCACCACCACUACCAAAGGAGCUCCUCCUGUCCUCCCAUGUUGUUUUCUUGCGAGUUGCACUAGAGGAACUGUGCACCGCUGACUAGUAGAGCUCCAGGAAGUGUUCCCACGUGACUGUCCGUGUUCUCUUUUGGCGACUGUUUUCCACCUUUCUCAUAAACACACUUCUCACCUUGCUUUAGAUAGUUCCUGUAUAACAAGAAUUGUACUCACCACAUUUUGCCUCAUAAAUCUCCUGCAGUGACAGCAUGUUGACACUGGUUUUGACAACAGCAUAAAUGUAAAACACACUUUCCAUAUCUGACAUCCACUGUUUCAUUCUUUCUCUUUCUCUGGCCUUACUGAGAAUAUUUUUUGCUGUACUGAUCUAAAUCAACAGGCAUGUCCCGGUUGAUUUUUUGCUUCCGGAUGUGUGGUGCCUCCAUAUUGUGAGAAUUGUCUCCUUUAAAACAGCCUGUCCAUACAUCAGGCUUUGCUGGGGCAAAAAAGAAAAAAGAGCUGCACGGAAAUUCUCCUCUUUAGGCAACUGUCUUCCUAUCAACAGGUUCUUUAUUAACAAAUGUAUGUGUUGAGAUUUAUAGGCUGCCUUAUCCCAAGAGGUCUCAGGAUACCCAGUGGCAAAUAGACAUGUGUUUUUGUGGCUCACUAUGUGAUUCAUGUGGGAACUAAGAGGAGAAUAGAAUUUUAAAGUAAAAUGUAGAAUAGAAAGGUGUUUUUUUUAAAAAAAAACAUUUUGUUCCUUUAUUCUCACUCCCUUUCCCCAUAGAGUAAGUUGUAACCCAGUCCAAUUUCUGUUUCUGAAGACUUGAACCUAUCACAAAGAUGUUAUCUUUAAUAUGAUCUCUCUCCUGUCAAAGUUUGGAAUUGCCACAUUUCUUUCAUCCAGCUUUUAUUCCUCAUUCAAUGUGUCCAUAUCAUACCUUUCCCCCUCUCUUAAAUGGAACCCUGUUUAGCCAAUGGGAAUGGACCCAUGUCUUCAUAAAACAAGAAGUGGAGAAGUGAUUUCCAAAUGGGGAAGUAACUGGUAAUAGGGUUCAGUUGUCUGCUGUCCUUGGCUGUUCUUCUCCUACCCAGACUUAUGUCCAGUCUUUGAGACCUUACUACAGGGAUGCAGAAUAUAUGGCACUCUAGAUGCUGUGGGGCUGCAACUGCUAUCAUUGCUCACCACUGAUUGUGUUGGCUGAUCCAGCUGCUAUUUAUCUUCAUCUGGAGGGCCACAUGUUCACCAUCCCUGCCUUACUAGCCCCUUUGUAAGGAGGGACCCAAUCCUCCUACCGAACUCAUGUUGAAAAUAAGUAAGAUUCCAUGGGAUGCAACAGCUUGUUUAAGCCCUUAAACAUCUGCAAAUUGUCUGUCUGUAUAUGAAGGCUCUGUAUAUGAAGGUUGGUGCAACCUAAAGUAGACCUGUUGAAUCAAUGGGGUUUACCUAAGUUUUGAUUAACAGUUCUACAGUUAAUUGAAUGGAUCUUCUCUAGUUGGGACUACCCAAUAGGAUUCUGGUCAAAGUUACUAAGAACUCCACAAACUUCAAAUUAAUCCCUUCUAAGAUCUAAAACUAGUUUCAGAGAUAACCUGCCAAGAGUUUUGCAGCCCAAUGAGGCUGGACAGUUGCUGUGACCCUCACCCAUAAGACAGCCUUCCCCACUCUGGAACAUUCGAUGUAUUUGACUACACUUAAUCACCCCUAUUACUAUACAGGCUAGGAAUAAUGAGAGUUACAGUUCCAACAUAUCUGGAUAGAGCCAGGUAGGGGAAGUCCAGCUUGAGGAAUACAUUUUUCAAGGACCAGAACCACCAUUUUGGUUCUCAUUAGGAUCAGAGCACUCCUAUUGGAGUGCUGUGAACUGAAUGAAAGCAUACCUAAGCCCCUUGCCAAUACAGUGCACAUUCUUGUUGUUGAUAUACUCUGCAGCCCUUUACUGGCCAUGUUUCUGUGAUCUCGCAUCAGUCCAGUUACAAGGCUCUAGCACAUCAAGCUGUUUGAAGGUCCUCCAAAAGCAUUGUCCCUAUAGGGUGUAGUAAAAGAAAAACAUGUAUUAACUAGGGUUGAUGGACACCCACUGCUACUCUUGUGCUGAUCAAAUUCUUGGUCAGUUUGAUAGGCUGUCUCUUCUUACUUUCCCCAAAUGCAAGAUUCACCUAUUGGGUUGGCAAAAAGAGAUGCCUGCCUGGAAGCUAGCCCUUGAAAAGGUAGCCCUCCAGUCUUCUUCAGCUGCCUCAGAAUCUGAAUUCAGGUCCGGUACAGACUGGCACUUUGCACCGACCUGGGGCCAAUAGUAGGGUUCUGUAGGGUUGGGUGUCCAUACACGUCCAGCCCUUCAAUCGGCACCCAUCCACAUGGGGUGGGACAUUGGGAUGCAUGGGCAUCCGCAUGUUCAAAUGGCUCUAUCCAGAAGAGGCGCUGCAUCGUUGUGCUUAUGACGCUUCUAAAAAGAAUCUGCUCUAGGCGGCUCCUUUUUAGGGAGUGCAUCAGUGCUGUGCCAUGCGGCUGGCGUGGCAACGACAAGGGGCAAAAAUGGGUGGCAUGGAGCCGCCCGUCUGUAUCUCCCCUCAAUUGCUGAACUCUGCCCCACUAUCAUCUGGCAAAUAGUGAGCCACCUUGGCUCUCUUUCUGGGAGAAAGGUUGCAUAAAAAUGAAAUUAAUAAGAAUAAGAAUAGAUGAAAAUGAAAUUUGCAGGUGUUUUUUCCACUUAUUUUAAUGGUUAGGAGAACUUUCUGUUGAGACAGUUCUCCAACUUCUACUCUACUGUCCUCUAAUGGUGUCCCCAGGGCAGCUUGAGGUAAUUCCUUCACUUUACCUCAUGGCAGUGCUGCCUCUUCUCAAGCCAUCAAUUUUUUCCUCCCACAUCUUUAGCAACAAAGUUCAGUUACACCUCUCACAGUUGCCACAUGGAGCAAUGGUAGAUAGUCAUCAUGGUGAGAAUUAUAUGCUUGUGAGGGCUCUCUAUAAAAGUUGAGCAGUAGAUACCUCUACAAGCGGUCUUCAUUCGAAACUGUGUAGCGGCAUGGAAAAAGGAGUCUGUCAAAUGCAAUGCUUCUGUGUACACACAUUCACUGAAUGGAUCUGUUUAAAAUUGAGUUAUUCACUUGGCACCCUUCUCUCAUAUAGACCCUGAGAACUAGCCACGGAAACAUUCCAUCCGCAUAAGUCAUAUUGUUUCUCUGAUUAUUAAAGGCUUUUCUUUAAAAAACAGGAGGAGAAGCAAGUUGGAUGGACAAAGUUGAAAAUGCGUCUUUCCCACUUGUCCCCUUUCUUCCUUUUCUGUUUGUGAAAUCUACCUCAGAACUGAUGAGAAGCAGGAAUGAUAUAAGCAAAA